UGAUCAAUCAAUCCGCAUUCAGUCGUCAGUAACUACUUAUUACUUAUUACUUAUUAGUAACUAGUUAGUUAUUAGUUAUUACUUAUUACACUAUUACUGUAUGUCUGCAUGUGUUAUUUAUGCCGUUUAGGUAUAUAUUUUCCAACGAAUUUAACGAACUCGUAAUUUGUUAAUACUUUUCUUACUUAUACCAAGCUCGCUUAAUAAGUUCAUUGACAGUGUCUUUGUAGGCUGCUGAACAAUAUUCAAAUAAAUCCAACACUAAGCUGUCACCUGUUCGAAACGUUCCAUUCCAAUAUUCUACAUGCUUAUGAAAUAUGAACGGAAUACUUUUAUUUUGAUGUUCGAGUCGACAAUUGAGAUAUGAAAAUUGUAGUAAUUGAUUUCAUUGAUUCAUGAAUAGAAUUUGAACUAUAUUUACAACAGUGGAUUUGUUCUCCAUGACAAUGCCUCAUCAUUAUGGUUUAGAACUUACCACGCAGAUUCGGCCUGAAAAGAAGCUGACAAAAGAUGCUAUGGAAAGAUAUUUACUUGAUCGCAAUGACUUGGUUUUAGUCGUUCUUCAUGCUAAAGUUGCCCAAAAGUCUUAUGGCACUGAAAAACGUUUUUUCUGUCCACCUCCAUGUGUAUAUCUUCAUGGUGAAGGUUGGAAGUUACGUCAACAACAGCUGCUUAGGGAAGGAGUGACUGAAACUAAUUCUCAAAUGAGUGCGUUUAUUGGCAUUGGUAGUGCGGAUCAAGAUUUGCAACCACUUGAUCUCAAUAACAUUAAAAAGUAUUGUGCCGCUAAAACAUUAUUUAUAUCUGAUUCUGACAAACGCAAGCACUUUAUGCUUAUGGUACGAAUGUUUUAUAACAAUGGCUAUGACAUUGGAACUUUCCACAGCAAACGAAUCAAAGUAAUAUCUAAACCUUCAAAAAAAAAACAAUCCUUAAAAAACGCUGAUUUAUGUAUUGCCAGUGGCACAAAAGUAGCAUUGUUCAAUAGGCUUAGAUCACAAACAGUGAGCACUCGAUAUUUACACGUUGAAGACGAAACCUUCCAUGCCAGUUCAACACAGUGGGGAGCUUUUAUCAUUUACUUAUUGGAUGAUGAUGAAAGUGAAAGUGACAUGUUCAAUGUUCGAGAUGGUUACAUUCAUUAUGGUAGUACAGUGAAAUUAGUGUGCAGUGUUACUGGGAUGGCUUUACCUCGACUAGUCAUCAGAAAAGUUGAUAAACAAACAGCAUUGCUAGAAGCUGAUGAUCCGGUGUCACAAUUGCACAAAUGUGCGUUUUAUAUGAAAGACACUAAUCACAUGUAUUUAUGUUUAUCCCAAGAACGUAUAACAAAUUUUAAUGCCACACCAUGUCCAAAAGGGCCAAAUAAGGAAAUGAUCAAUGAUGGAGCAUGUUGGACCAUCAUCAGUACAGACAAAGCAGAAUACAAAUUUUAUGAAGGAAUGGGACCUGUAAAUUCACCUAUAACACCUGUACCAGUAGUGCACGGUCUUAACACUAAUGGUGGGGGUGAUGUGGCCAUGUUAGAACUGAGUGGAGAAAAUUUCACACCACAUCUACAAGUAUGGUUUGGAAAUGUUGAGUCUGAAACUAUGUUUCGUUGCCAAGAGAGUAUGAUUGCAGUAGUGCCAGAUAUAUCUUCAUUUAGAAGGGACUGGUCAUGGGUGAAACAGCUAACGCAAGUACCAGUGUCAUUAGUAAGAAAUGAUGGCAUUAUCUAUGCUACAGGAUUGACUUUUACGUAUACUCCUGAACCAGGUCCAAGAAAUCGUGUAACACCAGCCGACAAAAUAAUGCGAACAUCUACUUCAAAAAAUAAUUUUUCAUUAUCACAUAUCAUGAGUUGAUUAUAUAUAGGGUAUUUUUUUAAUAGUAUUAUUUAUUCAACAGCCAACAGGGUAUAUGACUGAUAAUUGACUGAAUGAAACUACAAUACAAUGUUUUAACUUUUGAUAAUAAAGUAGUAGUACAAUUUAGAGAUGUUCCCAGUAGAUAAUUUAUGAAAAAUUGAGUACCAAGUAUUGGCCAAGUAAUUUGUAAAAAACUGUAUUGAGUAUAGGGAAAAAACGUUCUUGUUAUACAUUGGAUAACCAAGUAUUGGACGAUUACUAAAUAAUAAAUAUGAUAUUGGGUAGUCGGCCAUCAAGUAAUUGCUGAGUACUCGGAAUAUCUCUAAUAAGAAAAUAAUAUAUAUUUUUGAUUUAUUUUUUUUUGUAAUUACUUUUAAUAUUAUUGCUCAAAUUUUCCUUUGUAUAUUUAUUUAGUAAUAUUUUUAUUUCUGUCCCGGAUUCUGUGUGAACGCCUUAAAAGCCAUUCAAUUUUAUACAGUUAUCAUAAUUAAUGUAUUACUAAUUGUUCAAAACGAACUAUAUUUUUUUACAUGUGUUGUAUAUAUAUUAUAUUAGGCAGCCAACUUUACCAUUUGUUAUUGUUUACCACAGACAAAUUAAAGUUUUUAAUUUAGUACAAUAUUAUUAUGUACACAUUUUAAGAAAUAACUUAAUAUUUCUUGUAAAAUAUUAAAAUAUAUUAUUAUAUGGGAGUGUAUGUGUUUUUUAAUUUUAGUUAAUACUCUGAAAUAAUAUUUAAUUUUAAGUUAAAUAAAAGUUUUUUGAUAAAUUUA